AUGGACCAACAAACCGGCCCGCAGACGGUGUCUGAUCCAACAAGUAUGAAGCCGUCGUUCUACUCGUCGUUCACAGCGUCGAACCCGAUGAGAAGAAGCAGCAGUCAGUACAUGAAUGAUUUGGGAUCCGAGUCCCAUCCUGAACGAGCUACCGAGCAGUACUGGCGCUCGUUGAUUGCAGAGUCCGUCUAUUUUGAAGGACGUGAUGAGCUUUUCGGCCAAAUGAUAGCUAUGGUUUACCAGAACAAGACAACGAAGAAGCUCAGUUGCAUGCUUCUCAGUGUACAUGGACAGACUAUUGUGGAUUCCAUGUCUUUGACUAAAAACUCCAAAUAUUAUCCUGCAGUUGAGAACCUCAGCAGAGACUGUCGCAAAAGCAAUGUGAGAAGAGCACUGGCUGUGGCUAUACUGCGAACGUACGCAAAAUUGGACCCAAACACCAAGUCGCUCAUGAUGAAGAAAGCCCACAUAAAACCAGAUUAUGACUGGGAUGAGACAAACGCAGGAAAAUUGGCUUCGGAGAUGAAACUCAUCGAUAAUAGGACACCACAAGAGGUUGGCGAACUUAUCUUGAAGUUAGGAUUUGCACAACAACGCAAACAAAGAACAUCCUACGUUGUGGAUGUCAUCUACGCAAAUACCGAAAACAUAGAAGACUCGGACAAAAAUAAUGAGCUCGCAUUUCUGCUGGGGGAGCAACUGGACCAUCUUUUUGAUCCGUUGACCGAGUAUUCUCCUGAGCCUACAGAAAAAGCAUAUAAACUUCCGGGGGACACGCCGCAGCCUCAUGACUCAGAUGAUGUACUUGUUAAAAGUAUCUGCAACGAGCUAGUCAAAGUGCAAACUAAUUUUACAGUCUCCUUAGUGCAAUUCUUACAGAAGUUCCUUAUUCCGCUUAGGGUUGAUGUGCUGGAAGGGAGAAUACCAGGAUACACAACCGCGAAACUCAAUCAGGUUUUUCCGCCAACCAUCGAUGAGGUGACCAGAAUCAACUGCAUAUACCUAGACAUCCUGAAAACGGCUCUUCCAUACGGAAGUUUUGAGUUACUCAAGGCCAGUGGAACGACAAUCCCUUAUUUUUACAAAGCGCACAUGAGACAUGAGGCCGCCACAAAAACCUUUGCUACUCAACUGGAUGCCUUUCUGAUUGAUAUGAAGAAAAUUGGAUAUGACAAGCUUACCUUCGAUCAAAAGACUAUCCAAUCAAUCAUGCACGCAUCUUUAAAUCUACCAAAGUUGCAACUGAUUUUGGAUAGACUCAUGACGACGAAAAAGUGGCCCCAGGAGUUACAGCCCGAGGUCGACGCGUACUACCAGUCAUGCUUGAACACAAUCAUAGCAUUUGGCAGUGACGUUCUCAAACCUUACAAUCACAGAAUAUUCACUCCUACAGGUAAAAUCCUUACGGAAUUGGCCAGUGGCUGGCCAGCAGAACUUCAGUAUGGCUGGUUGACCAGACGAGUGGUUGCGAUAUUUGAUGUCAAGAACGUGCUUAAACAAUCGGUGAAAAACAACGCAGUGGUAAUUAUAUUCAGUGAUCAUGUGGUGAUUCUGGAAAUUGUGGACGACUUGUACUACUAUGACCUUUUUGAGGCUGAUACCCAUGUUCACAAGCCGUCUAUUGCGGAUGUGUUAAUGCACUCAUUGGUUAACGAGGUUCCGUUCUCCAGCUUGCCAAAAAUGAAAGUCGAAAGGUGGUCUGGCAUAAGUGAUAUCGAUGCUCAGUUUUACAACUACGACGGGAAAGCAUACAUCCAGCUAUUUGAUGAUAAGGCUUUCGACGUUUAUGAAGUCAGCAAAUAUACUGGUUCCCACCUCAUUGAAGUUCUCAACAAAGCAAAGAUACUCAACAAGUCGCAGCCAUUUCAUCUCUUCCGCUCAGCAGAUGCCACGCAAACGCUAUACUAUACCGCUCAUGAACUUGAAACUUACAAUUCGGAAGAGACCAAGUCGCUGUUUGCUGUGUUCUUGAAUAUGCCAUUCGAUCAAAGCUACUUGAAGAAGUAUUCCCUAUUUGGAUUCGUCACGCUUAACUUUUCAUCCAAUAAAAUACUCAUCGAAGGUGCCAGCUGCUGUGAGAAAUAUGCAACGUACGAGGUUCCAUACGGCGAGCUUUCAGUCAAACUACUUGGGAAAAUCUUUGACAUGCUUGACUUCCAGCUGACGUAUGCCAAUCCAAUGAUCAACCUCAAGCUUUAUGAUAGAUCGAGCGAGAUGUUUUCCAAGGCUGCACUCGUGAUAAAUUGCAGUCAAGACAGCCAACGCAAAGAGCUUGUAAACAUAAAGAAAGCGCACAAACUGUUCAUGCAAACCAGAAAGCUUCCGGAAGGAACUCAAGCCCUCAAACCAAGAUCCAACACUUUGGACAUGCUUGAUAAUAAUAGGGUCAGCUCUACAAAAAUCACGAAACAGAAAGAUCGAUCAGUGCCCUUCUACAAGCGUCUCUUUGGCGGAAAAAGAGGGUCGAUGGCUCGCGAGACCAAAACUCCCGGCAAGACGUUGGGGGUUGAACGAGUUUCGGUGCUCAAAGACGAAGAUCGAAAGUCAGCUUCUCCAGCAAUGUCUAGUAUGGUGGCAGCUAACGAGUAUCAAUUCCCAACAAGACAGAACAGUGUACUUAGAAUUGGGCAACCCCAAGGGUCGAGGAUCUCAAGUAAUCGCCAUAGCUCCGACAAGUCUACCAUUCGUCAAGUUUCAGAUGCAGAGUCUAACAACCUGAUUGAUGGAUUUGGAUUGAAUAUUGAUAAAGUGAGACCCGAGGCAUUGAAGAGAAGAAGUAUCAAUGAGACAGCACGGGACGACAAACCGCAAACAGAGUUGCACUCGCAGGAGAAACAAUCGAACGAGAAUCACAAAGGCCCAUCUCCCCAAGAUGUUCUGAAAGAGAAUCUGGAGAGGUACUUUAGCGAAGCCAGGAAAAGAAGAGAGCAGCAUGAGAAGGAUUUGAAAGAGCAUGGUGUCAGUUUGGUGAUGGAAGCUGAAGAGGCUCCUCUUGGUACUAAAGGUCUUUUAUUUUCACCUAGUGUUGCAGCCAAGCUGAGCCAAAUUGGCGAUACUGAAAAAGGCGAUAAUUGGACGGUUCCCAAGAACGAAGGGAAUUCCGUUUUGGAAAGCGAUAAAAGCAAAGAUUCGAUCAUCAGCAGAGUCGCAAGCUUUGUGAAGCGGCCUGUGAGCAACAAAACUCGGCACAAGCAUCCUCUGGUGGCACUAAGAAAUGUGAAUACGGGGCAACAGGUACCACAGGUGCCAAUGAAGUCUGAUAACUUGAAAGAAGCAAAGCCACUUGGUAUCCUGGAAUCAGAAAGUGCACCAGCUGCUUUGGAAGCGAAGAAGCCAAGCGUGCGCAUUGUCACUCCACUACAAGCAGCACACGAAAAGUUCAAAGACCAACCGCCGAUUCCAGAAACAGCCAAGGAGGCAGACCUACUUCAGGAUAUUGAUUUAUCCAGUACGUUUGACAUGUCACUUCCUGAUCUGACAGAUGACAUGGACAUAUUCGAUUCUCCGCAUACUGACAAGUCUGAGACCGAGGACGAGAAAUUUUUCACCCCAAGAGAAGCUCCGGGAGCAGUCUUUGAGGAGCAGAAUACUACACUUACUGAACAGAGCACCACCGAGGUUGACAAGACGUCAUUAUGUUCGGCCCUCGAGGAAGUGCAGGAUAAUACUGUGGGCAAGGUGCUAGUCAACAUGUGGAACGAAAAACGCUAUAUGUCGAACUCGUCCCUUUACACAGGUAUCUUGAACGACGAGUCCUAUGCGUACCUAGCACCUUUUCUCGCAGGCAACACUACGAUGGAUGGAAGUGUGUCGGCAGGAAAGGAGCAGCCCAUAGAUUAUGAUGCCAUAAUAGCACGCGGUCUCAAGGAAAGUUCCCUGAGGUAUCUGGCAGGGCUUUUGGGAGAAUAG